AUGUCCUCACUCGCCGGGCCGCAGGGCAUCUUCGCGCCGCUGCCAACCGUCAAGGGCGAGGGCGUGCAGGCCGGAGCCUCGCAGCCGCUUGACGUGCCGCGCAAGAAGAAGCGCUCCGGCGGCGGCAACAAGAAGGGCACCUCUGCCGAGCGCCGUGCCACGCACAACGCCGUCGAGCGCGCCCGGCGCGAGAGCCUCAACACGCGCUUCCUGCAACUCGCCGCGAACCUGCCGGCCACGGCCGCAGUGCGGAGGCCGAGCAAGUCGCUCAUCGUCAACAAGUCGCUCGCCUUCGUCGCCGAGGCCCUCACGCGCGAGACGAUGUAUCGCAGCAAGAUCCACGAGCUGGCGCAGGAGAGCGACACGCUGCGCGACGAGCUCAAUGCGCUGCGGGUGCAGUCCGGCCUCGGCCCUCGCCUCCAGCAGAGCGUCGACCGCACGCUGCCGGCGCCCAUGGCCGACGGCGCCUUCGACCAGAACCGGCGCGAGUGCAUGGCGCAGCUCGCCGCCGACGGUCACGACCUCGACUUCCACAGCUGGGAGCUCGACAACGACGACGGCGACAGCACGUCGGACGCCGGCCAGCAGACCGACUCGCGCACCAGCACCUUCGACAGCCCCUACCUCGCCGCGUCCUUCGAGGCCUCCUCGGCGCCGCCCGUUGCCUCGUCGCGCUACCAGCAGCACUUCGCCGCGCUCCAGCCCGACGAUGCGGCCUUCCGGCGACACUCGACGGCGAGCUCGUACGGCGCGCAGACGUCGUCGAGCGGCCUCGAGCAGCCUUUGGAUGCGGUCAGCUUCUCGCCGUUCGGCCUGCCGCCCGCGUCGCUGCCGACUCGGUCAUCCAUGUCGAGCCUGCAGACCAGCUCCGUGCCGACGUCGCUGCCCAGCACGCGUGAGGAGUAUGAAUUCCCGCCCGUGACGCCGACCACCGCGCUCGUCUUCAACCAGCUGCUCGCCGGCUUCGACGCCUCGCAGCUCGGUACUGGCGCGUCGUCGCUGGCACCGUCUUCGCAGCAGCAGCAGCAGCACUACCCGGCGUCGUCGGCAGCAGGGCCGUUCGCAACACACCAGCACUCCAUGCUUGGACCGCAGACGCAUGCCUUCCACGCACCGCAAGCAUGA